ACAGGGACGAGCGAGGUGGGGGAGGGAGAGGGGGAGGAGAAAGACAAGCAGAGAGAGAGAGAGAGUCAGUGUCUGAGAACAACUGCAGGAACCGGCCACAACAGACUCACCUGGACUCUGACGGCCAGGAACAAACUACCUGCUGUUUCUGACCUGCUGCUGCUCUUUGAUUGGCUGAGACUCUACCUGCUCCUCAGCAGCUGGCAGGCCGAGUCGGACUUAAGUGAUCUGAUCCGAUCAGGACUUCACCUGGUUCACCUGAGGUGGAGAGACGCUGACUACACACAGGUCUCAUCGCCACAGCUCCCCCGCUGUCGUCGGUGCUGCGUUGCCACGGCGAUGUUCGGUCGCAGGAAGAAGAAGCGCAGGCCGGAGAUCUCGCCGCCGCAGGACUUCCAGCACCGCGUCCACACGUCGUUCGACGCCACCACGGGACACUACGUGGGUCUGCCACCGCAGUGGCAGAGCGUCAUCGACACCAUGAGGAGGCCACGCCCCCUGGUGGACCCCUCCAGGAUCACAGAGGUCGAGCUCGGACCCAAGAAGACGAUCGUUCGUGGCAGUUUCAUUGGUCAUGGUGACUACAUCAGUCAUGUGAUCUCUGAGAUGAGCCGUCUGUCCGUCUCUAGCUCCAACUCCCUGCGUCGCAGCAGCCCGUCGACUCGGAAACGAGCCCGGUCAAUGGGUCGACUGGGAGAGCUGGCGGAGGACGAGUCGUACCAGUACGAGGAGCUCAACCGCCGCGGGGUCGGUGGGAAGAGCGACGGUGGCUCCACCUACUGGCAGGACCGGAUCCGGCAGGUCCACAGCGAGACCGGCAGCCCCAGACUGAACGGAGCUCUGCAGAGAGCCAAGUCCACCUGCCAGGUGCCAUCUGAGGCCACGCCCCUCACACCUGGGACACCUCAGGGGACAGGUGGGAUGGGCGGACAGUACGCCUGCAGCGAAGGGGCAGGGCUAAGACAGAGGCCAAGCUCGUGUCACUACAGCUUGCAGACUGCGGAGACAAACAGAGCUCACCUGAGAGUGAGACCUGCUGCAGAUCACCUGCCGGACCUGCUGGCCUCGUCCAGAGAAACUCCCAGAAGGCCUCACUCCACUUAUGACCUCAAGCUGACCUCCCCCUCCUCCCCCCUCCUGCUGCCUCCCCCUAACAGCACCAGCAGUCCCCUCAUCACAGGUAGAGGUUUACAUCAGCGCUUGCUCCGCCCCCACUCCAGCUUCAACAUCGUUCCAAAAACACCGACUCGGGAUGGACCCUCCCAGCCACGCCCCUCCCCCACCGGAUCCCCUGCUUGCCCCCCUGCCCAGCUCUGCCUCUCCUCCUUCUCUGCCUGGCAGACGGUACCUGAUGGAGGUCCUCAGAAGGUGACCCACGAGCAGUUCAAGGCGGCACUGCAGAUGGUGGUGGACCCAGGCAACCCGAGGACGACCCUGGAGAACUUUGUGAAGAUUGGGGAGGGCUCCACAGGUGUGGUCUGCAUUGCCCGAGAGAGACACAGUGGGCGACAGGUGGCUGUGAAGAUGAUGGACCUGAGGAAGCAGCAGCGCCGAGAGCUGCUCUUUAAUGAGGUGGUGAUCAUGAGGGACUACCGGCACCAAAACGUGGUGGAGAUGUACCGCAGCGCUCUGGUGGAGGAGGAACUCUGGGUGAUCAUGGAGUACCUGCAGGGCGGCGCUCUCACCCACAUCGUCAGUGAAACUAGGUUGAACGAGGAGCAGAUAGCGACGGUGUGUGAGGGCGUCCUGCAGGCGCUGACCUACCUCCACUCUCAGGGCGUCAUUCACAGAGACAUCAAGAGCGACUCCAUCCUGCUGACGCUGGACGGGAGGAUAAAACUGUCAGACUUUGGUUUCUGCGCUCAAAUCAGCAAAGACGUCCCGAAGAGGAAGUCUCUGGUCGGGACUCCAUACUGGAUGGCUCCCGAGGUGAUCUCCAAAGCUCCGUAUGGAACCGAGGUGGACAUCUGGUCUCUGGGCAUCAUGGUGGUGGAGAUGGUGGACGGAGAGCCGCCAUAUUUCAGCGACACACCCAUCACCGCCAUGAAGAAGCUGAGAGACGAAGCAGCUCCGAGCGUGAAGAACAUUCAGAGGGUGUCUCCGGUGUUGAAGGACUUCCUGGGCUGCAUGUUGACUCGUGACACGGUGCAGCGCAGCAGUGCCGCCAACCUGCUUGAGCACCUGUUCCUGCUGCAGGCCGGGUCGCCACGCUGCCUGGUGCCGCUGGUGGAGCAGCACCGCAAACGCAUGUCGCUCUGCUGAACACCUGAAAGCAC